AUACUACAUUCUUUAUACAUUAAGAGUACUUGAUAGUUGAUACAACACACACUCAUGAGAUCAUCAUCAUUAAAACCCCCAACUUCCUCGCUUAAAAAACCCUAAUUUCUCAAAAAUUUAUUAGAUUCAUGUGAAUGCACUACCCAACUUCCACCAAUUCAUGAACCUGAAAAACCAUUAUUUCCUUGCUUAAUCACAACCUCAUCAAACCGUGAUAAAUUUAGAUCUAAUAUUCAAAAAUGGCAACUUUUGCAUCAUGGAUAUUUUUUUCAAUCUUAUUGGUGCAGCUCUUCAAUUUCAAUCAAUUAAAUCUUGCCCAUGCAAAUGAAUUGUGUACUUCAUCAGCUGGGAAUACAACAAAUGUAUUAGAAGAAGGGAUGAAAUUAUACCCAUUAAUUGAUGUAGAGAAAGUGAAGAAAAUGAUGGUGAUGAAUGAAACCAGAAGAAAACUUGGAAGUUUCCAGAUUUGUGCACCUUGUACUUGUUGUGGAGCUAAAGGUUAUUGCUUACCUUCACCUUGUUGCUAUGCUAUCAAUUGCAACAUACCAAACAGACCCUUUGGUUUCUGUUCUUUUACACCGAAGGUCUGUAAUUGUUUUGGAUGCAAUAUAUGAGUUUCAAAAAUAAAAUAAAUAAAAAUAAAUGAUGGGACAAAAUCCCAAUUUUAUAAUAUUGAAUCUUAUUGGCAAAUAUUAAUGGUAAGAAUCCCAAUUAGGAGUAUACAAUUUACAGAAAGCAGCUAUUUCCAGGCAAAGUUUUGCUACUUGUGUUUUUUUUGCCUGUUUGUCUGAUCAUCUUCUUGGGUCUUGGCCUCUUGGGAGUUGAGACAAGCAAAAUUUGACCCAAGUUAAAAAAAUUAUAAGAUCACAAUUCACAUACCCAUUAAGUAAUAGAAAUUAUUAAAUAAAUAAAUAUAAUUUGUUGGUCUAUUAGUAGUCGAUAAUUUACGGAUCUGAUCAACUAAGUUUUUUGUAUUGUGUUAUCCAAAUAAAGAGAAUUCAAGUGGAUGAUCAAUGAAAUUGAUCAAUUGAAUCAUGCAGUUGAUCUCUGUCUUUUGAGAUUAAUGGCUAGGUAUUGUUGUGUGGAAGUAGUUAAAGUUUGCCUAGAAAUAGUAGACCUUAAAAAUUUUAGAUCUUGAUUAUCUUCAUGUAUCUAGCACUAGUUAUGUAAGAUUAAUUGUGAUUAAUGUAAUUGAGGAUUGACACAUUUAUAUUCUAUAUGUAUGUCUAUUGCUAUGUUUAUUUUAUUGCUAAAGUUCAUGUUAGUGACAAUGAUGCUCAAUUUGUUUGUUUAAUUGGUUUUUUCUUUCGAAGAAAGUAAGGAGAAUCACGAGUUAGUCUAGUAGUUCAAUUUUUUUCGCUUCACCCUUGUAAUAGGAGUUUGAAUCUCACAACUUACAAAAACCUACGGAAUUGUUUAUUCUACGUCAUAUUUGUCUGUACAGAUUUUCUAGCCUUAUUAUCGAGUUAGAAAUAAACACAAAGGAAAGUGAGCUUAAUGUUGAGCAUUUUAUUUCUAACUUAUGAGGAAAGUAAGGUUGAGUUGAAUACUUUAGUGCUAUAAUCAAACAUUCUAUCACUUGAAACUUCAAAAGAAGAUUGAUUGUAGUUAAGUAUUUCCUUAUCUAGAUAAAGCAGACCAUAUUGAUUUCAUCAAAGAGGUGACAAGUGAUAACUACUUAUGUUAAUACACAAAUUCUUGUAAGAGACGGUCUCUUUGAGAGAUCAUCUCUAAUUGGGUUGACCCAUAGAGAAAAUGUAGAUUAAGAGUGGGUAUUAAGCUUUAAUGGACUGAGCUUGAAAGAUGUCUCUCAGGAGACCGACCGAUGUUAAUAAUGAUUUUUGUUUUCUCUUAUUUUAAUGACAAUCAUACUGAUUGUGAGUGAGAGUAGUUGGUUAUGCAUCCCUUUUGUUACAUGAGUGUUUGAGAUGGAUUCUCACCUCUAUAAGUGAUGGUCACGGGCCAAGCUGCACGGGCAUCGCAUGAUUCGCGGCAAGACGCGACAUAGCCCUUCAAUUGUUUCAGUGGUCAUCGACACAUCGGUGUGCAAGAUCUUUAAUAAAACGGACGAUUUUGACACCACAGCCCACAUGUCCCGAGUCCCAACAUACUCGUUAUAUUUUUUACUAAAUUUGAAUAUAAGUAAAAAACAAAAAUAGUGUUAUGGUCCACGACACAACACACUUGCAUUGUGUCAUAUGCUAAUGUUGGUGAAAUGUAGAAGGAUACGACACGAUUCGUUGUUCUGACGUGCUUAUAGGAGCGCAGGUUGUAGACACACUGAUACACUCAGACAUGAUCUCCACACGUCGAAUUGCAGGACGACUCAUUUCCCAUGUUUACACGAAUAUUGUUAAUGAGGUAAUUUCAAGAGACAAAGAAAUUGUAGAUGUAGAUCUAAUACGUUUGGUAGAGUUAAACUUAACUCUAAAUAAGAUAAAAUUAUUUAACAAGUUAUAUGUUAAGGCAACCACAACUCAUGUAAUAGAAGUAUGAUCCAUAUAUCUGUUCUUGGUCUCAAUUUCACCUCCUUUAUUUGGGGCCCUGUCCCUUGGCCAUGGGAUGAGUAAAUGCAAUGUCCCUACUCAUAUUGUGCAGUUUUGAUUAUCUUUGUGAUAGUGAGAGUAUUUAUGAGUUAUGACUCAACUUAAAACUUUGAACUCCCGAUCACAUACUUCUAUUUCUUGAGAGACCGCUUCUUUGAGAGACGUCUCUCAGGCCUAGCCCAUUAAAAACUUAAUGCUCAUUUACCGUAUUUUUAAUGUCUACUUACAUUAUCCUUAAUGACUACUUAUCAUAUUCUUAAUGCCUACUUGUAAUAUCUUAAAUGUCUACUUACGUUAUUUUUAAUGCCUACGUACAAUAUUUCAAAAAAUAUAUAAUGAGCUGGCCCAUUUAGAAAUGAUCUCUCACAAGAAUUUGUGUUUAUAGAAAUAGGAGUAUUAGACAUGAUUAAUUUGUAAGUUGUUGAUAUAUUGAAAAUUAGUGAAUCACAAUCCAAAAUUUUGGGACGUGACCUAAAAGACUUGAUUUGAAAAUCUAAAUAUAUUGUUCUAAUUAGUUUUACAGAUUUUGUCGAUGUUUCAAUUUACAAGUGAUGCAAGUAUUUUAAGUGAAUUUUUUUUAUUCAAAUCUUAGAAAUUGUAUAUUGGUCUAUUAUUACAAGUAUAAUCUAUCUAAUUAUAUAAAAAAAACAAUUAUUCUUGUAAGAGAUCAUCGAUCAUCUCAAAAAACAGAUAGUCCAUAUUCUCAUAAAUCAUAAUUGUUAAUUUAUGUAAGUUGGGCUAAUUUAAGCCUAACUAAAAGCAUAUUAAACCCAAUAAAACUUUUUUGUUGUGCAUUUAAUAAAUAUAAUGGGCUCCCAACCAUGUUUACGAUUUUAUCAAUUUUGCAAUGGUGGAAAUUUUUUUGGUUUAAAUCCUUUACACAUGAAUUUUUUAUUAGACGAA